UUGAACGGGGUAUAGACGGUAGACGGUACAGUCGUAAUCUGGUUGUCACUCGUCUCGUACCGUACUGCAAGAUACGAAAAGUGACUCCGCGCUGUAUCAUAUCGACAUUCGAUAUAAAUCGCUCGUAUUUAUAGACGAAUAACGUUCCACAUAGGUGUACCAUUUACUUCGUUAUAAAAUAUGAACAAAUUACUGAGUACGUUCACGAGAACCCUGAACCGGCCGACCGCUUUUUUGCUAUUCCGCACGGCUACAGCGAAUCGAGAUAAUCACUUUCGAUCUAUGACUAUGAGCGUGGUUCACUCACCGCCGGUGAGUCCAGUUUUAAUUGGUACAUCGAUCAGCAAGGACGAGCUUGGAGAUUUCAUGGCAGUAUUCCCAGACAUUGUCAAGGAUCUGACGGACAACGGCCUUAACUUGGACGUUCCCGACGUUAAUAAGUGGCUCGAAAAACUGUUGCAUUACAACGUACCCGGCGGUAAGAAUAACCGAGGAUUGACGUUGGUACUGUCAUUCAAGAUGUUGUCUUCGCCGUCCGAUCAGACUGAUGAAAAUCUUAAAUUAUCCUAUAUACUAGGAUGGUGUGUCGAAAUUUUGCAAGCCUAUCAAUUAGUGUUGGAUGACAUAAUGGAUAAUGCUAUUACUAGACGAGGACGUGCGUGUUGGUAUCGACAUAACGAUAAUGGACUAAUAGCAGUGAACGAUGGCAUUCUUCUCGAACAAGCCAUUUACCAAUUACUUAAAAAAUACUUCAAGGAUAAGCCUUAUUAUAAACACAUUCUAGAACUGUUCUAUGACGUUACAAUGAAAUCUGCGAUGGGCCAGUGUCUCGAUAUGUUAACUGCGAAGAGCUUCAAGUCUAAAAAACUUGAAAAAUACACCAUGGACAAUUAUACAGCUAUUGUGAAAUAUAAGACUGCGUAUUAUUCGUUUUUUCUUCCUGUGUGUCUUGCCAUGCGCAUGACAAACAUCAAUGACCAAGACAUUUUUAGACAAGCAAAAGCCAUAUUGCUUGAAAUGGGUCAAUUCUUUCAAGUUCAAGAUGACUUUUUAGACUGUUAUGGAGAUCCGGAGGUCACAGGAAAAAUUGGUACGGACAUAGAAGAUGGAAAAUGUUCGUGGUUGGCUGUCACGGCUUUACAAAAAGUCAAUUCUGAACAAAAGAAAAUUAUGGAGGAUAAUUACGGUAUUGACGAUCCUGCCAAUGUUGCAAUCAUCAAAGAUUUGUAUGAACAGUUGAAAUUGCCAAAUGAGUAUCAACUCUACGAAGAAGAAAGUUAUAAAUUAAUAAAUACUCGUAUUCAACAUUUAUCACAAGGCUUGUCACAAGACAUGUUUUUAAAAUUCUUGAAAAAGAUUUACAAGAGAACCUUAUAAUUUUAAAUCUACACCAAUUGCAUUUAUCGGCAUUUAUACGCAUUUAUGACGUAUCUACAUUAUAUUAUAUAAUAAUUAAUAAUUAUUAUUUUUUUUUAGAUUUAGUUAAUUAGUUUUCUACAGUUUUAAAAAAUCAAUAUGCUCGAAACUUACACAGUGCGUGUGCGUCGAAUGUAUCAUUACAAUGUAUAAUCAUUUUUUUAUUAUUGGAUUAUUUAAGGCACAUUUUUUACCUACUAUUUAUAAAUAAUACUAUGAGUUUAUUUUAUUGUAUUGUACCUAUAACCUGUGUAGGUAUACAUUAAUUACAUUAUACUAUAUUUCUAUAUUUAUUU